GUUUUUCAGUGAAAAUGGAAAAACUUUUGAGGUCUAGAAGAAAUUCAGUUGGAACUUAAAGUGUAAAAUGAAAAGUAGGGCAGUUAGCUUUGUGACUUCUGAAGAACUUUGAACGGUUUCACUGAUCACUUCUAAUUUAUCUAUACUUAAGCAAUUGAAAACGACAUUAUCAACCAUCACAAUCAAUCAUAACCUUCUAAUAGAACAAUGUGCUACGUACAAUACAGUAUAGCAGGCUGGGACAGCCUAGCUCCAAACUUCUCGUCUUUCCUCAUCAAAAUUUUAAAAUUGCGUCACCAUGCUGGUGAGUUGCCAGAAGAUCAGUCCAGUGAAGAGACUGGUCACGGAGCUCAAGAAGCACCACGUUAUCCCGCGACUGCUGGCCUGCAAGCCCACGGAAGUGAUCACCGUGCUCUAUCCCUGCGACAUCGACAUCAAGCCGGGCGUUACGAUAGUGAUCAACGAGGUGCUCCGCCGGCCGAUUAUCCGGUACAAGGCCGACCCGGAGCGGUUCUACACGCUGAUGAUGGUCGACCUGGAUGUGCCGCCGGACAACUACUCGGAGUGGCUCAUCUGGAUGGUGGGCAACAUUCCGGGGUGCGACGUGGCCCUGGGUCAGACGAUUGCCGCAUACGACAACCGGCGGGCCAUGGAGGGCGAAAACAUCCAUCGAAUCGUCUUCCUGGCCUUCCAGCAGUACCUGGAGCUGGACUUCGACGAGGUCCUUAUUCGCGAGGACGAGGAUGGGCGUCGCUGCAACUUCAAUUGCCACAAGUUCGCACGAAAGUACGCCCUGGGCAACCCGAUCGCUGCCAACUUCUAUCUUGUGGAAUGGGUUUUUCGAUGGACACCGACGUUUCUGAGUUUGGAAAUGGAAUAAAGUGGAGACAUGGCUAACUGGCAA